AUGGAUGUGGUAUGGAUAUGGAAGUGGUAUGGAUAUGGAAGUGGUAUGGAAGUGGUAUGGAUAUGGAAGUGGUAUGGAUAUGGAAGUGGUAUGGAUAUGGUAGUGGUAUGGAUAUGGAAGUGGUAUGGAUAUGGAAGUGGUAUGGAUAUGGAAGUGGUAUGGAUGUGGAAGUGGUAUGUAAGUGGUAUGGAUAUGGAAGUGGUAUGGAAGUGGUAUGGAUAUGGAAGUGGUAUGGAUAUGGAAGUGGCAUGGAUAUGGAAGUGGUAUGGAUAUGGAUAUGGUAGUGGUAUGGAUAUGGAAGUGGUAUGGAUAUGGAAGUGGUAUGGAAGUGGCAUGGAUAUGGAAGUGAUAUGGAAGUGGUAUGGAUAUGGAAGUGGUAUGGAUAUGGAAGUGGUAUGGAUAUGGAAGUGGCAUGGAUGUGGAAGUGGUAUGUAA